AUGGGUGAUCACUUGUUGAGGAUAUGUAUGGGUAUUCUUCUAGUAUUAGUCUUCUUUUUAUCUUUUUAUGGUCUCAAAAUCAUAAUCACGAACAAAAAAAAGCAUGAUAAGGGAGUCCAGCCACCUGGAACAACCGGUUGGCCGAUAAUAGGAGAAACUCUGGAAUUUAUUCAAACAAGUCUUAAAGGUGUUCCAGAGAAAUUCUUUCAUGAUAGAGUUCGAAAAUACUCUUCUAAAGUCUUCAAAUCUUCAUUACUUGGUGUGCCUAUAACUGUUCUCAGUGGUGCCGCUGGUAACAAAUUCAUGUUCUCUAAUGAAUACAAACUCGUCAAGGUUUGGUGGCCACCAUCCAUUCGCAAGAUCAUACCAACUUCAGAAGAUGCAUUCUUACCCUCGGCACCGAGACAAUCUAAGAACCUCCGCAAUAAAGUGUAUCCUUUAAUCCUUAAACCUGCCAUACUCCGGAAGUAUGUAGGCGUGAUGGAUUCUAUGGCGAUUAAACAUUUCGAUACUCAUUGGGAUAACAAGGAGGAGGUUAAUGUAUAA